AGAGAUCUCAAUAGCAGCAGAAACACUAAGUAAAGCCACUUCGACGCAACCGCUCAGCUCAGUCAUGUCAUCAUGAUCCGUUUACAAAAACGCUGUUUCGACGCCGUUUUAGUCAUUUGGAGGUUUAAAUAAAACCAAACGAUACAAGCAAGGCGCUGAUUACAACAUCCACCAUGGUUUCCAUCUACAUUCAAUCACCAAACUUUCUGAACUCUCCAUUUCCAUCUCCCGCGUCCCGUAGGCUCCGACGUGGAGCUUCUUCUCCUCAGUCGCUUCGAGUCACUGCUUCUCGCAGCUCCUCCUUCGAUGUAGUUGUUGUUGGUGGCGGGAUCAUCGGGUUGACCAUUGCCCGUCAGUUCCUUACCGGGUCGGAUCUAUCAGUCGCCGUUGUUGAUAAAGCCGUUCCUUGCUCCGGAGCCACCGGUGCUGGACAGGGAUAUAUAUGGAUGACUCACAAGAAGCCAGGUAGUGAUAUAUGGGACUUGGCUAUGAGGAGCCAUCAGCUCUGGCAUGAGCUUGCAGAUAGCUUAAGUGAUCAGGGUCUUGAUCCUCAAGAGCUGCUUGGUUGGAAAAAGACAGGAAGCUUGCUCGUUGGAAAGACUUCUCAGGAAUGUGUUGCUCUGAAGCAAAAGGUUAAUGAGCUAACUGAAGGUGGCUUGAGAGCUGAGUAUUUGUCUAGCGGGGAUUUGUUUCUAAAGGAGCCUGCUAUCCUUGUGGAUGAUGAGACUGGUGCUGCGUUUCUUCCUGAUGAUUCGCAGUUGGAUGCUCAUCGUGCGGUUGCUUAUAUCGAGAAGGGUAACAGAGAGUUUGCAACAGAAGGACGAUAUGCAGAGUUCUAUCAUGAACCAGUUACAGGCUUAAUAAGGUCUGAUGGGAGUAGCAAGGAGGUUACAGGUGUUCAGACUUUGAAACGCAACUUGUAUGGUAAGAAGGCUACUAUAGUAGCUGCUGGUUGCUGGAGUGGUUCUCUGAUGCAUGACUUGCUUAAAGACUGCAACAUCUCGGUGGAUGUUCCUGUGAAGCCAAGAAAGGGGCAUCUGCUUGUGGUAGAGAAUUUUGAUUCGUUCCAUUUAAAUCAUGGGAUGAUGGAGGCUGGUUAUGCGGAUCAUCAAAGUGCUUCAGCUCCAGGUGCGGAGGAACGGAUGCUAUCUAUAUCCAUGACAGCCACAAUGGACACGACAGGAAACCUUGUUCUCGGGAGCAGCCGUGAGUUCGUCGGGUUCGACACUGAAGCUGAUGAGACUAUCAUCCGGUGCAUAUGGGAACGUGCAGCAGAGUUCUUCCCCAAGUUACGUGACAUUUCCAUUGAAGAUUUCAUUCGUAACAGGAAAGUGAGAGUUGGGUUGCGCCCUUACAUGCCUGAUGGGAAGCCAGUGAUAGGAUCUGUUCCCGGAUUACAAAACCUGUACUUGGCAGCUGGGCAUGAAGGAGGUGGACUUUCCAUGGCUCUAGGAACAGCUGAAAUGGUGUCAGACAUUGUAUUGGGGAAACCAUCGAAGGUAGAUGUUUCAGCGUUUCAGGUUAAAGGACGUUGUUGCUGAGGAACUAGAAGCAGUUUUCAGUUUUAGUUACAAUGGGAAUCAAUCAGUCCUCUUGAGUCUUGAGCAUUGUUGUUGAUCUGUUUUGGAUUCCCAAAAGGAAAUAAAUCUGAAUGUUUCAAAAAAUAAUAAUAGACUAACACAGAAUGUUGAAAUCAUUAUUAUGUGGUUAUCUUGGGUUAUUUUUUCUUUUA